AAAAAUUUAGCCAUGAAGAUCAUCACGUUGUAUUUGAUUGGAAUAAUUUGCCUUCAAAUCUCGGCUGAAAUGCCGAGCUCAGGGCAUGCCAUUCAAAUCAUCAAUCUUAGCAAUCAUUCGCUCAAAAUACAAUUGAACGAAGUUCAACCUAUUCUAGAAGCUGACGAUAUAAAAGAUCGACACAUCGUUGUCGUUUCAAUCGCUGGUGCUUUUCGACAGGGAAAAAGUUUCCUACUAAAUUUUUUCAUUAAAUAUCUCGAUGCGCAGUAUAAAAAACAUAAUGUAUCUGAUUGGCUUGGACAAAACACAAACAGCAGUGCAUUGUCUGGAUUCAAAUGGAGAGGAGGUCGAAAGCGUGAAACCGUGGGCAUUUGGAUGUGGUCGGAAAUUUUUACACAUGAUUUUCCAAACGGUGACAAAGUUGCAAUCAUUUUGCUUGACACGCAGGGCAUUUUCGAUGAUCAAAGCAGUUUACACGAUUGUACGGCGAUCUUUGCUUUGAGCAUUAUGUCGUCGUCAGUGCAGUGCUACAAUUUGAUGCAAAACAUUGGAGAGGAUCAUUUGCAACACCUGCAAUUGUUCACUGAAUACGGGCGACUCGCUUUACAGCAAACACACGAAAAAUCCUUCCAAAAGUUGUUGUUCAUUGUUCGAGAUUGGGCUUUUCCAUAUGAAACGCCCUAUGGUGAUGCACAAAAUAUAAUCGAUGAAAUUCUCAAUGGAAACGAUCAACAGACAACCGAAAUGAGAGAAUUGAGAAGGCAAAUGGCGGUGAAUUUUGAGAAAAUUGGCGCAUUCUUAAUGCCAUAUCCAGGUCCAAUUGUAGCAUAUGGGCAAAAUUUCACGGGCAAUUUGCAGCAAAUCUCACCAGAUUUCGUCAAGUAUUUAAAAGAGUUGGUGCUGAUGCUUUUCGCUCCGGAAAAUCUCAUCAUAAAGAGAAUUAAUGGGCAGAAAGUUCGAGCUCGUGAUCUGAUGCAAUACCUGCAAGCCUACACAGAUAUGUUCAACAGAGGCAACUUAACUCAGCCACAGACGAUUUUGAUGGCAACAGCCGUAGCGAGUAACACCAUAUUGUGUGAUGAUUCUUUGCAAUAUUAUAGCGACGCAAUGAAUAAUUUAAUUGGUGACAUAGAACCGUAUUUGAAAGAAGAUGAACUCGUUAAGUUACACGAAAGAACAAAGAACGAAGCUGUGGCAAAGUUCAUAGAAAAGCCAAAACUUGGUGGAGACGAACUCAGAGCUUCUUUCCAACACAAAGUGGAAAAUGGUACAGAACAGCGAUUUCUUAGUUUUAAAGACCAAAACGAAAGAAAAUACAAAGCAUUUAUUGAAAAAGCUUAUUUGCACAAUGAAGGAAUAGUCGAUGAAAUAAAUGGAUCAGUCAAGAGAAAGAUUCGUCAAGAAAUACAAAAUUCCAAUUCUGAACUAAACUAUAUUCAACUGAACAGUGUAUUUCAGACAUCAAAACAGUCUGCUUUGCAAGAGUUUGAUUCCAAAAAAAUGGGCGAUAACGAAAUAUCAAAAGGCGGCCGUGACAAGAUAGAAAGAGUUCUGGAUCAUUUGCACCGUGAUCUUAGUGAAAUUAUGGGAGCAUAUAACCAAUGCUUGCGGUUGUACACCGAUUCAAUGUUAAAGACACUUAAAGCAAAGGAAUAUUUUAGUCAAGAUGAAUUUCUGACACUUCAUCAUAACUCAAGGAAUGGAGCUAUUCAGCUGUUCCUAACACACUACAAUGAAAAUGAGUUUAAAUCUUUGAUCCACCAGAAGGUGGCGAACAUCGGACGAAAAAUUGACUUCAUUAGAUUGCUUCCAGGAAAAAGGGUAAUGAUGAAAUUUCAAAUCAAGUAUAUAACAACUUCCGUGUAAUACUUGAACGAGAUUUAGACAACAUGCAACCGAUACUGAAUCAAGUGAAAGAAUCUUUGAGAGAAAAUAAUAAAGAGAACGAAUUUGUUUGUUCCAUAGAAUCAAUAAUAAAACACCAAAGAAUAUUUGGUUAAUUUUAAGGAGGGGUUUUAAAAAAAAAAAAAAGAUCCAUCAUUUCAUGCGUAUGAAAGCUAUUUAAGCAGUUUUGAUAGUUUUAAAUCAAUUUGAAAAGAUUUAACUAACCCAACUGUUAACUGGAGUGAACACUGGACACACCGAAAUUGCGAAACUUCGUAACGAUAUAAUUUAUUUUUGAUAAAAUAAAAUAACAGAACCAGGAAUAUCACCAUUGUGGCUAGGUUCUUGGUAAUUUAUAUUUAUUACGCAUAGCUUAUGUUUUUUUUUUAAAUAAAAAUGUAAAUGGAUCAUCAUCAUUUCUGAAAUGAAUCAUUCCAUCGGUCUUUUGAGUUCAGUCAAAUUAAAACCAAAGAGCUAAUGUCAAAUGCUAGUCUCCACUACUCAAACAUCUGUUUAUCUCGUUUGAACAAAUAUCAAAUAUAUGACUCUGUAGUCGCAUAUAAAUUAAUAAUAACAACUAAUUUUUGUGUGACUUAACAAAUUUGGGACACCAGGAUAAAUUACAAUUUUUAUUGAAAAAUUGUCACCUUCAAUUCAAUUAUUUUGUUUUGUAUCGUUAAAAAUAAAUUCUAUUUUAUGUGAAUAAUUCUUGAAGCUUUAUAAAAUAAAAUUUCAAAGAAAUAUCAAUCAAAGAAACGAC